UUAGCCCAAAACCCGAGCGAGGCACUUGAGUCAUCCAGAUGUUGCGUUUGAGGCACACGAGGGAAGUCGGGAGAACCACUCUUCCCCUAAACUGACUCUAACUUUUCAUACACUCGCCAACAGUGAUGGGAGCUGCCGGACUGGAUUAAAAGAAGUUGUAAAACCAGACAAUUUCACGCCACUUUUUUUUCUAUCUAUCUCGACAAAGGGGACACUGAAGAAGACGCAACAAAGCUUCCAACUAACUGCGCAGUUUCUACGUUUUAACUGUGUGAGAUGUUUGUGUUCCUGCGCCAAGUCGGAAUUAAAUAGUAGCCUGAUAUAUAUUUAUCUUUUUUGCUCAAAUAACGCGUACAGCGGAAAGAAAUCCUUAUUUCGGCGUGUGAUUAAGGACAAGUGUACACCAUGGAUAUUCUUCACUUGCUCCUGUGCGCCGGGAUGUUGACGCUGCCAGCGUAUGGAGCGUUUUUCAUGGGACCUUUACACCCGGAGAUGUCUAACGGCACUUUUCAUCACUAUUUUGUGCCGGACGGAGACUACGAGGAGAACGACGACCCGGAGAAAUGCCAAAUGCUUUUCAAAAUGACCGACGAGCGAAAGUGCGGUCUCGACCAGGACCAGGACGCCGUCAUACGGGAUGAUUUCACCAUCAUCAAGCGGCAGAUCGAGGACUCCGCCAGGGUCCUGGAGGGGAUCGGGAAAAGCAUCUCGUACGACCUGGACGGAGAGGACAGCUACGGGAAAUACUUGAGGAGGGAGACGACGCAGAUAAGCGAGGCGUUCACAAACUCGGAGAAAUCUCUGCUGGAGCUGGAGGUGAAAUUCAAGCAGAGCCAGGAGAGCGAGCUGAAGGAGGAGCACCGGCUCAGUGACGACUUUCUCAACAUGAUGGUGCACACACGGGACGUCCUGAAGGACACGUUGGACAUUUCUCUGGGCCUGAAGGACAAGCACGAGCUGCUGUCCCUGAUCAUCCGCAGCCACGGCACGAGACUGAGCCGACUGAGGAACGAGUACAUGAAGUCCUGAGAGAAAAUAGUCCCUCCGCGUCUCAGUAAACUUCUAACUUAUAUGGUGGAGUGAGGCCAAGAGGCAGAGGCAGGGGUUUAAAUUCAUAUCAGGGAUAUACACACCAAACUACGGAAGCGCAUUGGAGCCACUGUUGAAAAAAAGCAUUUUUUUUUCUAGAAUGAAGCCAGAAUAUUGACUUCAUUGUCAGAAUUCCAAAAAUCUAGAAAAAUUGGUUUCAACUUUAAAAAGACAAAAAGUCAUUUUUUUUUUGUGUGGAAAAAGAGUCAUAAAGUGUUUCCACGGUGGCCCCAGUUCUCUUCUGUACCAAACUGAAAGCAUUUUCUCUUAUCAGUCGAUAUCUGAGUCUGCAGACAAGUUUGGGUUCAUGUGCUCGCUUAUGUGAUGGAUCUUUUUUUCCCUCAGAUUUCUGGGAAAAUAUCUAAGAAAAAAUACAAAAAUGAAAUCUGAGUUCUCUGAAAAUAAAUCCAGAAUAUUUACCUUCCUCACAGAAUUUUAAAUACAGGAGAAAAGUUUGACAAAGAAUAAAGUCUUUUGAGGAAAAAAGUUGUAAUUAUGCGUAUAUAUAGAUAUAUAUAAACAUGUUCUCACAGUGGCCUUAAUCUUCUUCCAUACCAAACUGAAAACGGUCUCUGAACUGUUCGUAUCUGAACAUGCAAAUAUGUUUAGUUACACUCGUCCAGGUUUUGUGGUGGAUUUGGGACUUUGUUCCUCCAGAAUUCUUUGAGAAUAAACCCAGAGUACAACUUUUAUUCUAAGAAUUCUAAAUAAAGGAAAUGUUGUUUAACCGUUUUGUUUUAAUAAGUGUACCACAUCUACAGUGUGCAGUAUGCAAAAGAUCAUCGAGGCUAUUAAAGUGAUAAAUGAUUUGACCAAAUGUUUAUACAUGUAUCCUGUCAAGCAUCACACAGUAGUUACAUCACAAUAUUACAAAAAAGGCUGAGUACUAAUUCCGAUAAUAUAUUGCAAUAAAUAAUGUAUAGCCUUAAUAUUUCUCAAACGUCAUCCGUCGGCCAAUCACUAAACCAAAAAUGUUUCUUUAUGACAUCUGGUCAUUUUUGGUUGGUUGCAUUGAACUUCACAUUUUGUCUGUUUGUAUAUGUGCGUGUAUGUGUGUGUGUCCGUGUGUGUGUAAAACAAUGGCUUUAAAUAAAAGUCGGCCAGUCAAAAAAGUCAGAACCAAAACCUUCAGCUUCCAAACCUCAAGUAAGGGUUUUCCAACAGUAAUUCAACCCUUUCUGAUGAAAAUGAAAAACAGAAACUGCACGACACAUGUGCCAAUGUCCAUGCUCUCUACUGAGUGCUGUGUAUUUGGUAUAACGUCGACACCAAUAUCUGACCAAAUAAAAUCGUUGGAAAACUCUUAAUUGAGCAGCAAAGCAGUUGGUAAUGUAGCCUGGUUGGACGCUCCGAACAUGAGCAAGCGUUAUAGCUGCUCUUUUUCAAUCCUUUCAGACGAAUGUUUCUAAGAAUAUCCAAGAAUGUUUACAACUUAUCUGUUGUAUUAUGUUUUAUUUUUAUACGGGCCAGCAGACUUUGCACAAUUCUUCACUCUUCUGGUGCUAAAGGUUGUGACAUAGUUAAAAUUGCAAGGCCUUGACUGUGCUGCUUUGCACAGGUAGUAUACUCUUGGAAAAUGUACAGUGUAUUAUUAGAAGUAAGUAAAUACUGUGAGUGUUAUCUUUAUUGUCGAACACCUUAAUCUGUAUUCAUUGUUUAUAUAAAGAGCAAUAUGCAGUAUCUAUUCUUGUUUAUCUUCAAGAUACAUGGAGAGAUGUAAUACUAUGACGGAUAAGACUGCAGGCAGCACUCGUGGACUUCUGUGUCAAACACUAAUCUGUAUAACAACAUGCGUAAUGGAUUGUGUUGUGUCCUCUUUAAUAAAGAAGUUUUGUUUGAA